AUGAAGGUGGCAAGCCAGAUUUUUCUUGGCUUGACAGCCUCUAGCGUUGCUGAUCUGGAGGAGUUUUGCGCUCCGAUUCGAAGACUUGAAGGGGGAACUCCGGCCCGAGAUCCUCCUGUUUUUAAUCCCAUCAGUGCACCUUACCAGGAUCCGACUCAGCCCACCUGGUUUCGCGUUGAAGAUCUGCUUUCUCGGAUGCCACUGCGGGAGAAGCAAGCUCAACUGAUGCAGGGUGAGCUGGAAAGAUGGGUCAAUUUUGAGACUGGAGAAUUCAAUGUGACUGGCAUGAAAGAUCACAUGUUCUAUCAUUCCAGCAUGCUGAGAGUGAGUCACCCGUUGACUACAGCCGAAAUUGCUUUCAAGGGAGGGAAGCUUCUGCAGGAUUGGAUCAUGAAUGACACCAGCCUUUCACUUCCUGCAAUCAUUCAAUGUGAAGGUAUUCACGGUCUCGGCGUUCCGGGUGCGACUAUAUUCACAUCACCAAUUGGACUGGGUGCGUCGUGGAACCCAGAGCUCGUUGGAAAAGCGGCUGAGUAUAUUGGUAAAGAAGCAAGGGCGCUAGGAAUUACUCAGAUUUACGGUCCUUCUGCAGAUCUUGCUCGAGAUCCAAGACACGGCAGGGUGGAGGAAUCCAUGUCUGAAGAUCCCUACCUUGCGGGUGAGAUGGUGGCAAGCUUCAUACAAGGUUUGAAGCGAUCCAAGGUUGCGUCUAUCGUCAAGCACCUCGUGGCGUUUGGCAACUCCGAUCAAGGUCUCGAUAUGGGUCCCGUCCGGGGAGGCGAACGUGAGCUGCGUACCACCUACCUUCCUCCUUUCAAGCGUGGUGUUGACGCUGGUGCAUACACUGUCAUGAGCUCUUACAAUGCGUAUGUUCAGGGUUUCCUGUAUGUCCAUCUCGAGGUGAAGGAGGCGCUGACUUUGCUGCUUAGAUAUGACGGGGUUCCUUCGCUGAUUAACAAGCAUCUUCUGACGGACAUUCUUCGUGGAGAGUGGGAUUUCGAAUAUUGGACCACCACGGACUACGGUGCACCUGAUCGCCUGUGUUCAGUAUUCAAAAUGUGCCACAGCGAUCCCAUCGAUGCAGCUGACGUGACCAUGAAGAUGCUGCCGGCUGGAGGAGACACAGAAGGUGGUGGAUCAUUCAACUAUGACGCCAUUCCCGAUCUAGUACAGGACGGCACACUGGAUAUUUCGAUCGUUGAUGAGGCAGUGAGACGUGUCUUGCGAGCAAAAUUCGAUAUGGGUCUUUUCGAAGAUCCUUUCCCAGCAGCUGCGCCAGAGGACUGGCCAAACUUGAUUCAUACGGACGAAGCAUUGCAAAUUGCAACUCAAUUGGAUCGAGAGUCGAUUGUUCUCCUUGAAAAUCCUGAGCAAAUAUUACCCCUCGGAGAAAAUGUCCAGCGAAUCGCGGUCAUUGGACCCUUUGCUGACACCGUUAAUUACGGUGAUUACACGGUUUCCCCACCUCCCGGGGUCAGUCCUCUGGAAGGUAUUCGAAGAACUGCCCCCGUCGGAGUCCAGGUCUACCACGCAAAAGGUUGUGACGAAUGGAGUAACGAUGAGUCUCAGAUACCCGAAGCUUUGCAUCUCGCCAAAUCGUCCGAUGUUGCAGUUGUGGUUGUCGGCACCUGGGCUAGAUCUCUCUUGGGCCAACAAAAGGGUCUCAACGCCACGAGCGGCGAGGCGUACGAUACCAAUGAUCUUAGGCUGGUGGGGGCGCAAUCAAGCCUUUUACGACAGGUCAUAGAAACCGGCGUAAAAACAGUUGUCGUCUUCUCCUCUGGCAAGCCAGUCACAGAGCCGUGGAUCUCUGAGACGAAUGCGGCCUUACUUCAGCAAUUUUAUACCUCCGAGAAUGGUGGCCAGGCAUUGGCAGAGAUUCUCUUUGGUCACUAUAACCCGAGCGGACGGCUACCUCUCACUUUCCCACGUGAUACCGGGAGUCUUCCUCUCACAUAUGACUAUUUGAAGUCAGGCCGCGAUUCCAAUAAUCCGGGACACAUCAAUAAGGAUGGAAUUCAUUUCGGACGAAGCUAUGUGACUGGAACGCCAACACCCUGGUACGAGUUUGGAUAUGGCCAGAGCUACUCCGAAUUCGAGUAUUUCGAUGUCAAGGUCGACAAAACACACGUCAAGUCCACCGAGAACGUAAAAGUCACCGUGAAAGUCAAGAAUACCAGCUCUCAAGAUGGGUGGGAGGUCGUUCAACUUUAUAUCGUUGAUCCUAUCAGCUCCGUGGUCAUUCCUAAUAAGCAGCUGAAGGCAUUCAAGAAAGUCCUGGUCAAGUCCGGGGAAACCGUCCAGGUAGAAUUUGACGUUGACGUGAAAUUGCUGGGUCUUUGGAACACGGAAAUGAGAUAUGUGGUUGAACAGGGAGAGUUCAUCGCACAUGUGGCGCGAAACGCAGGAGAUUUCCGGGGUAACUCUUCCUUUCUGGUCGUUUGA